AUAACAAAUUAAAAAAGUUAAAUUUUAUUAUAUGGAAAGUUUUAAUCAAAAUGGAUUAAGUAUGAAGGGUUUUUUUUUUAUUUUAUGUUCAACAAGACUUAAAAAGAAAAAAAGAAAAGAAAAAAAGAGUUCGUCAAUGAUAAUAAUAUCCCUUUCUUAAUUACCAUAAUACCCCUUCCCUGAACAUUUCUUUGGCGGGAAGAGUUCGUUAUUAGGCGUUAGUUAUUAUAUCCACUGCUCACUGAAACCAACGAACUCUCUCUCUCUCUCUCUCUCUCUCUCUCUCUCUAUAAAUCAAGAAACCAAAACAAAUAAUCAGGAAAUUAAACCAAAUUCAAGAAACCAGGAUUUGACCUCAUGCCUCCAUAUUACCUCUCUCUCCUCCUCCUCCUCCUCCACCUCAUUAACUCCAUCUUCAACUACGCUUUCGCCACUCCCACCCCUUCCCCUGCCCCUUCCGCUACCGCCACUCCUUGUAUCCCAGCUCCUAUCUCCACCCCUUCCCCCGCUCCUUCCUCCACCAUUACUCCUGUACCAUCUCCCAAUGCCGCCCCAAUCGCCAACGCUCAUAUCCCAACUCCCAAUGCCUCCCCUAUCGCCAGCGCUCGUAUGCCAACUCCCAUCACCACCACGACCACUCCUAUUCAAACUCACAACAUCACCACUGCGCCCCUCACUGGUAUCCCAACUCUCAACAUUUCCGCGGCCGCACCCCCGCCGCCUCGGGUACGCGGAAUCAACCGUCAACAACUCAACAACAUUAUCGAUGCACUAAUUGGUGCCGGAGACUUCAACAGAUGGGCUAACAUCCUCUCGGUGGCUGACCCCUCUUCUCUUCCUCUUUCUGCCACCCUUUUCGUCCCUGCUGACGACUCUCGUUCUCCCAUCUCCACCGCCAUAACCUUUGAUCCUUUAAUCUUUCCUUACCACAUUGUCCCUCAACGCCUCUGCUUCGCAGAGCUCCGGCAAAUGAAGCUCUAUACUCGCCUUCCGACGCUCCUCCUGUCCAAGUCCAUUCUCAUCACCAAUAAUUCCAUUUCCAACUAUACACUCGAUGACUCUCUUCUUUCUCAUCCUGAUCUUUUCACCACUGGAACCUUCGCCGUCCAUGGCAUGGGAACCCUCCUGGACUACAACGUUUAUGGCGACGCUAAACCAAAAGCUCCACAGCCGGAAGUGUUGUCGCGCCCCCCACCAGCAACGUAUGAGCCAUCAGGAGAAGAGAUCGACGACAACCCAGACAGUCCUGACGUAGAUGCUGCUUGCUUGUGCACUGAGGUUUGGCCUGUUUUCCUAGUAUUUUGUGCCGUUUUGGCGUCAAAAUUUCAAAGAAUGAGUCUCGGCCGUUGAUGGGUUUUGGCUAGAGCUGAAGAUAGUAAAGGCAGAGAAGAUAAUGACGAUGAUGAAGAAGAAGAAGACUACUCUUUCUUUCUUUCUUUCUUGGAUUAGGUACGAAUUCGUCUCUGUACCCUUGGGCCAUGACAUGUGAUAGAAACUUCUACCAGAAGAGCCUUUGCAAUUAUGAUUUGAUGUAAUCUUUUGUUAAUCUUGUUAGGUUCUCCUAGAAAGAUUUUGGAUUGGGUUUUAAAGACAGUUCUUGAAAUUGUAUCAGAUGAAAAAAGCAGAUAUGGUUCUCAUCUAUGCUGAAAUGAUCUUUCCUGGGGUUUUUCAUUGAUUGUUUAAAUUGAACCAUUGAUAUUCUAUGGCAUUUCCUUUAGAACCAAUGAAUAUUCAUCUCGAUAUGAAAAAUUCUUUGCUAGAUUUUACACCAUAGUUUCCCGUUUUACAUCUUAUUAAUGAACAUGCAUGGAAGCAGUAACAUUGGGUAUCCAGAGGGCAUAAACCUUGAUGAGGAAACGUCAGUU